AUGCUUCCCCUCAAGACCGGGCUCGCUCUCCGGGAGCCGAUCUAUCUUGGGUCAGCCUCACCAGCCGAUACAAAUGGGUGGUCGUUGUCUGGGCUGGACCAUGCCCCCCGACGCCUCGCCCAGUCGACCCGCUGGUGCUCUCCUUCUUCUCAUGGUGCCAUCGAUGCUGUGUGGUCGAAUGCGGAACCCACGGCCAUAAGCUGCGGGAGACUCCCCUUUGCCUUGGCACGGCUGUAUAAGCGAGUCGAGAAGACUCCUCCGCAGCUGAGGAAGAGACAAGCCGUUUCAGGCCUUAGAGAUCACAUCUCCGAGCUUGUGAACAUUAAUGUGGACGUAGCACUUGAUCCGUCCUUUCAGUUCAAUGGAAAAGCCCUCGAGGUGAGCCUUGGCUACUCGCCUUCCCUCCUUCCUUCUUCCAACCUUUCUCUCUUCCCUGCCGAGAGACGUCUCCAAAGCUUCUGCCUUCCUCCCGUGCGCCACCCCUUCCCCCGUGCCCGCCUGUCUUGGCCUGGAAGGCCUCAGCCUCAUUCUACAGACCGUAUCCUAGCAGCAUAUCACACCGUGUCCUCGCGCUCGCCAAAGCGUCGUGGAAACAACGGGAGAAGAGAUUUUCCUUCGUUGAUCACAAACCUGACCGGCGGCUCCGAGUCGGUAAGCGCACACGCCCACCAGCUCAUGGAGGAUAACAGCCAACUGCAGACGGACAACCGCGAGCUGAACUCGGCUCUCCACGAUGCGAUCUCGCAGCGCGUUGUUGUGACCGAGGAGCUCCAGAACCUAAAAAAACACCACGCGGUUAUGGAGGAGACGCUGAAGACCCUGUGGACACUGGUCAAGGAGGACAUUUCGGAAUUCCAGGACAUAACCACCAUGGCAGAGAUCCAGGACCAGGUCUACAAAAUCUCGCGCUUGCAAGUCCAAAAUGCUGUUGUUACGCAACGUCCCGAGGGACAAGAGGAGCCAGAUACUGACCAAAAGGCGAGGCCCACUUCUCUUGAGCGGAAGCUUGCUCAGCGAGAUGUCUUCCUCGAGCACUACAAGAGGGCCGAGGCUCUUUCGCGUCGCAAAGCGGAGAGGCUGACUCAAGAAAACCAGCAGCUCAGAACCCAGCUCGACAAGGCCGAGCAGGAGCGGAAGGGCCUGCAAUUGAGUCUGAGUACGACUGAGAAGAGGCUGACAUGGGUCGAGCAGCAUUUCCCCUCCUCGGAUAGACAAGAUCUGGCGCCGCGCGAUCCAUCCGCUCAACAACAACAGCAGAUUUGGAUAUAA